UCAUAACCCAAAAAACCAAUCUUUUUUCUUUCUCAUGCCAUAGUCACUAAAUCCCUUGUUUUGGUUCCUCAUUUCUUGCAUCAAUGGCGGAUUCAAGGAGGUACAUUUCCAAAACGGAGCUUGAAAGUCACAAGAAGCCUGGAGAUCUUUGGAUCUCUAUACAGGGCAAGAUCUACGAUGUCACCGAAUGGAGUGUCGACCACCCUGGAGGGGCAGUCCCUUUGCUGAAUCUAGGCGGCCAAGACGCCACCGAUGCCUUUGUAGCAUAUCAUCCGGGUAUAGCUUGGCAAUAUCUCGAUAAGUUCUUCACUGGGUACUAUCUCGAGGACUACUCUGUCUCGGAGGUAUCGAAGGAUUACAGACGGCUGGCUGCCGAGUUUUCAAAGAUGGGUCUUUUCGAAAAGAAAGGACACGUUACUUGCAUCUUGAUUUGCAUCAUAGCAUUGUUGUUUUCCAUCAGUGUUUACGGUGUUUUGUUCUCUGACAGCUCUUGGGUUCACCUCAUUUGUGGUGGGUUGAUGGGGUUUUUGUGGAUACAGAGCGGCUGGAUCGGACAUGAUUCUGGGCAUUACGUGGUGAUGACUAACCGAAAAAUCAAUAGAUUUGCUCAGCUCCUCUCUGGGAAUUGCCUUGCAGGGAUCAGUAUGGGAUGGUGGAAAUGGACUCACAAUGCUCAUCACAUUGCUUGCAACAGUCUCGAUUUCGAUCCCGAUCUUCAGCACAUGCCGUUUUUCACGGUAUCUUCCAAGUUCUUUAAUUCAAUCACAUCUGCUUUCUAUGGAAGGAAGAUGAACUUUGAUUCUUUCACUAGGUUCUUGGUUAGUUACCAGCAUUGGACAUUUUAUCCUGUGAUGUGCUUUGCUAGGAUUAAUCUGUUUGCACAAUCUUUCUUGUUGUUGUUCUCUAAGAGGAAGGUCCCAAAUAAGGGUCAGGAGAUUUUGGGUCUCCUUGUUUUUUGGACUUGGUAUCCACUGCUUGUCUCUUGCUUGCCUAAUUUGCAUGAAAGAGUGAUGUUUGUGGUUGCCAGUUUUGCUGUAACCGGAAUCCAACAUGUUCAGUUCUGCCUAAACCAUUUUUCGUCUAGCGUUUACAUCGGACCUCCAAGUGGGAACAAUUGGUUCGAGAUGCAAACCGAUGGGACGCUUAACAUAUCAUGUUCAUCAUGGAUGGAUUGGUUUUAUGGUGGCCUGCAAUUCCAGGUUGAGCACCAUUUGUUUCCAAGGUUGCCAAGGUGCCAUCUGCGGAAAAUCUCACCAUUGGUCAAGGAGCUAUGCAAGAAACACAACCUGGCGUACAAUUGCGGUUCGUUUUGGAAGGCUAACGUGAUGACUAUCGAGACUCUUAGAUCGGCCGCGUUGCAGGCCAGGGUUCUCAGCAAUGCAGUUCCAAAGAACUUGGUAUGGGAAGCUGUCAACACUCAUGGGUGAGAAAUUUGGGAUUGAAAAUGUGAAGGCUCCUCUAUGUUUUGUCAUUGCUGCGAGGUCUUCAAUUAUUAUUUACGCUUAUGUUUUUUUUUUAUGAUUAAAAGUACUCGGGUCUCUUUCUAUGCUUUUACGUCCAUUACUCUGAGAUUCAUAGAUCAAAUCUAAAAUGGCUUUUAGUAUCAAGUUUUGCUUUA